AAUUUCACAAGAAAAUUGAAGAAUUUGUAAUGCCUAUAUCUACUUCUCAAUUUCCUUUUACCCGCAGCUUUGUAAGGUGGAUAGAGAUAUAAAUUUGUGAGACUCUCCAAGAUAUUUCAAAAUGGCGUCCGUGCGCUACGUGGUCGCCGUGGUCCUGGUGACCGUUUUGGUUUAUUGUUAUGCAGAAGAUCCGCUAGUAAAAAAAAUGCAGCAUCACAUCAAAUCCUGCAAAAACGAGACCCCGAAAUGUAUGCAUCAAUGUCUCUUCAAGAAAAUGGGAAUCAUAAAUAAGGCCGGUCAGUACGUUGACAGGAAAGCAGUAGAAUGGAUGAAAAUUGCGACCAAUGGAGGAAUAAUCACACAACCGCAAGCCGUCAAAAUUGCCAAAAUAUGCAACCGUGUAAACAAUAAGAAACUGAGUAAUGGCUGCCAUCUGGCUGAGCAAGUGUCUGUCUGUAUAAAUAAAGAAAUGGAGAAGAUGGGUGUACACAAAAAAGACACGCCUCACGGUCGUGAGACUUUAAAAAAAAAACGAAAUCACAUUAAAAAUUAAAUGUUAAAACCUGAGAGGUAAAUUAUUAUCAUCGUGAAUUCGUUUAAAUAUAUUCCCAUUGAAAUAUAAGGUGGAAGGUAUUUAGUUAAAUUAGAUACCUAAUAAACUUAUGAUUAAAUGAUUAAUAAAGAUGCUUCACAACUU